UACCCGGGGAUAGGCUGCUCUGCCUGGGAAUCACAGCAACUAGAGGUCGGCCAUAGAACAUAAGUAUGGCGGCUAUUAUAAGGAGGUCAGGCAACUUGUCCCUCAAGUAUAGCAACUAUGUUCGCCACCAUGUUGUGUCUUCCAGAUCAAUGGCCUCGAAAGCCCAAGUGGGAUUUAUUGGUCUGGGCAACAUGGGAAAUCCAAUGGCAAGGAACCUCAUAAAGCAUGGCUAUCCCAUUAUUGCUUCAGAUGUCUUCCCAGAAUCGUGCAAGGAAAUACAGGACUUAGGAGCACAGAUUGGAACAGACACAAUAACGUGGAAAACUUGAUCGACUCCACUCUGACCAUGACUAUUAAAAACACUAUGCAACCAUGAAAUAUCGG